AUGAACAACGAGGCGGCGCCCAGUUAUUUCAACGGAGGAAGUCUUACGCAGUACGAAGACUACAGACUGUACGUGAUCAGUCAGAUUCCCGGGUUGGAGAUCCUGGACGACACUGAGGUGAUGGAGAAGGAGAGGAUCCAGGCCAGAAAAACCUACCGCCUUCACCGCCUCAGCUACAGCAGGAGGAGGAAGGACGGUCUGCACAAACACAGACACAUGCAAAAGAAAUCCAACGCUGUCAUCUGA